ACUCAUACUACUACAAACACGAAAACAUCACUUCAAAAUCUCUCAUUUCACAUAACUAUUUUUCUUUUAAGUUUCUCAGAACAUCUCAUUUUCUUUUCGACCAAAUUCAAACAUGGGUACUGAUCAUUCCCCUCGUAGGCUCCAUGUUAUGUUGUUCCCUAUCAUGGCUCAUGGCCAUAUGAUACCUACUGUAGACAUGGCUAAGCUUUUCUCUACCAGAGGCGCCAAAUCUACAAUCCUCACCACACCUCUCAACGCCAAGAUCCUCCAGAAACAAAUCGACGCAUUCAAGAACCUGAAUCCUGGUCUCGAUAUCGGCAUCCACAUCUUCGACUUCCCUUGCGUGGAGCUCGGGUUACCACAAGGAUGCGAAAACGCUGAUUUCUUCACCUCAGACAACUACGUUGGUAGGCAAGAUCUGACCUUAAAGUUCAUUCUUUCGACAAGGUUUUUCAAAGACCAGCUUGAGAAGCUCCUCGAGACAACUACACCGGAUUGUCUCAUUGCCGACAUGUUCUUCCCAUGGGCUACUGAAGCUGCUGAGAAGUUCAAUGUGCCAAGGCUUGUGUUCCACGGCACUGGCUACUUCUCUUUGUGCUCUGAAUAUUGCAUCAGAGCGCAUCAGCCUCAAAACAGAGUAACUUCGAGUUCUGAGACAUUUGUGAUCCCUGAUCUCCCUGGGAACAUACUGAUGACUAAAGAACAGAUCUCAGACCUUGAUGAAGAAAGCGAGGUGGGGCGUUUUAUGAUUGAGGUUAAAGAAUCGGAAGUGAAGAGCUCAGGAGUUGUUGUGAAUAGCUUUUACGAGCUUGAACCUGAUUACGCCGAUUUUUACAAAAGUUUUAUACAAAAGCAAGCUUGGCAUAUCGGUCCGCUCUCGAUGUACAGCAGAGGAUUUGAGGAGAAGGCUGGGAGAGGAAAGAAAGCUAGCAUUGAUGAGGUAGAAUGCAUGAAAUGGCUUGACUCCAAGAAACCAGAUUCAGUCAUUUACAUUUCCUUUGGGAGCGUGGCAAACUUCAAGAACGAGCAGCUAUUCGAGAUCGCUGCAGGGCUAGAAGCUUCUGGCACAAAUUUCAUAUGGGUUGUGAGGAAAAACACUGGUGACAAAGGAGAAUGGUUACCAGAAGGGUUUGAAGAGAGGGUAGAAGGUAAAGGGAUGAUAAUUCGAGGAUGGGCUCCUCAGGUGCUGAUUCUUGACCACCAAGCAACCGGUGGGUUCGUGACCCAUUGCGGCUGGAACUCGCUUCUUGAAGGAGUAGCUGCAGGGCUACCGAUGGUGACAUGGCCAGUUGGAGCGGAGCAAUUCUACAACGAGAAAUUGGUUACGCAAGUGCUCAGGACAGGAGUGAGCGUGGGAGCGCAAAAGCAUGUAAGGGGUACGGGAGAUUUCAUUAGCAGAGAGAAAGUGGAUAAAGCGAUGAGGGAGGUGUUGGUUGGGGAAGAGGCAGAGGAGAGGCGGAAGCAGGCAAAGAAGCUGGCAGAGAUGGCUAAGGCCGCAGUGGAAGAAGGAGGGUCUUCUGUUAACGAUAUAAACAGUUUCAUAGAGGAGUUUACCGUGAGACGGCCCUGAGAGAGGUGACAAUGAAGCAAGUAAGCAGAGGAGAAGUUGAGAUUGAGGCGUGGUGGAGAAAGGAGGGACUUUGUUUUACUAUUUGAAUAGCUUUACUGAAGAGCUCAGUGAGAAAAAGAAGAUAAAAACAGUAAACUAGAUCUUGUGAAGUAGUUCAAUUCUGUUUGGUAGUGAUAAGACUUGUGCUACAAUAAAAUAUAUAUAUGUGUAUCAAAUACCAUUUGUCUA